AUGAACAACCCAGCUAUCUCAAACCUGGUCAUCUCCCUCGGUGCCAUGCAAGUGGCCCGAAAGAUCCCUAUGGAUGAUCCUAAAAUAAUCAACUACCUUCGAAUCGGUUAUGUAGCCAGUCAAGUCAUCUCUUUGGCUAUCUACUACUUUAUCACUCUCAAGAUCCGAAGAAAGAACGAUUUAACAGUUUUGAAAUACGUUAACCCUGCUCCACCCAUGAACCCCGACGCUAAACCCGAGCUCGUCCAAACCACCGUCAAAGAUUACGAUUUGGCUGAAGUUGGUAAAGCUAUCAAGAGUUUAUUGUCUCUCGCUUUCAUGGCUUUCCUCCACGGAUACCUCAAAUACACUCAACCAUUGUUCAUUCAAGGACUCAUGGGAUUGAAAUCUACCCUCGAAUCCAACCCCGCUAAACUCCACAUAUUCGGUAAAAAAGCCGAAGGUGAUUUAGCCAGACCUUUCAAAGCCGGAGGUGGUUUACUUGAAAGUUUGACUGGAAAAGCUUCUGGACCUCAGACCGACGCUGCUUCCAUCAAAGCAGCUGAAAAAGCAGGCGGAAAAUCAGAGUAG